AUGACAACACCUCCAAAUCUCCUUCCAUCUGAGGCUGUGGGCCAACCCACCAUCUACGACCUUUCCAGAAUAACCGGCAGCCUUUAUGUUAGUAAUGCUGAGGCUGCAAAUAGCAAAUUUAUAUUGUCCUGCUAUAACAUCACCACGGUCAUCAAUGCUUCGGUGGAGGUGGUGAACACAUUCUUCGAGAACAUUCAAUAUGUACAGGUGCCAGUGUCCGAUACUCCCACCUCAAACAUCUACGACUUUUUUGACCCGAUUGCUGAUCACAUCCACAGCGUGGAAAUGAAACAGGGCUGUACACUGAUGCACUGCGCCGCCGGAGUGAGCCGUUCGCCUGCACUCUGUCUUGCGUACCUGAUGAAAUACCGCUCCAUGAAUCUGCUGGACGCCCACACUUGGACCAAGUCCUGCCGCCCCAUCAUCCGGCCAAACAAUGGAUUUUGGGAACAACUUAUUCAUUAUGAAUUCAAGCUGUUCAGUAAGAACACGGUAUAUAUGGUCAACUCCCCAGUGGGUUUGAUCCCUAAUAUGUAUGAAAAUGAGGUCAAUUUGAUGAUGUCCAUGUGA